UUUGUGGACAAAAAAAAAAAAAAGAAAAAGAAAAAACAGGCAUGAACAUGAUAUUUGGGUAUGGUCUGUUUCAUAUCAUGUUGUCUUUUUGAUUGAGUCUUUCCACCAAACCAUUUAAAUGCAACAAAGACCAAUAUUGCUAAUCAUGCCUGCAUAUCCCCAUUCCAUUGAACAAAGAAUCUAGAUUCACUUUCCAAUCCAAAUCCCAUCUCCACAAGAGGAAAGCAGCCCACCAACAAGGAGGUGGAGGAGGAGGAGGAGGAGGAGGAGGAGGACCUUUAACAAGCUCAUUUAUGGCUUUUCAACUUAGGUACCUUGGUUGUUGCAGGAAGCAUCAAGUGCAAUCAAAUCCUUCCUUCUUAUCAAGUUUUCUCAAGUUGAAGAAUCAGACAAUGUGCCAAGAGCAAUGUGUUUUGGAAAUUUCUGUUGACCAGUUGGUGAAUUCAGAUGUCCCUACACUUAUUGAUGCAUUGUCCAAUAUCAAUUUAUUUGGUAUUGAUGCAAUUGAUGUACGUCAAAGAUCUAGUUGUCUGCAGUUGGAUGAAGACUUUGUUCUCUCUCUGCUUCAGGCUGUCAACUGCAAGCUUAGAGUAGUUGAGUUUAUUGAUUCAUCUUACUUGAAGAAGAUUUUGCGUGAUAUUUGGCAGAACGGUUUGUCAUGCCAGACAUUGUAUCUACAAUCUUCUCCAAUGCGCAAACUCAACAUUAGUGGGAAGUUUCUGCAGUUGCAAACUCUUAACUUGGAUUUCAGUCUUUCCCUGACUGGUUUCCAUAUAAGUUGUUUGAGCUGCAUGCCAAAGCUAAUGCACCUAUCUAUGUGUGGGACAAGAGUUGCUAAUCUUUCAAUGACAUGCGCUGCUCUAUCAAAAUUACGAUCUCUGACUGAACUCCGUUUUCAGAAUUGUUUGUGUUGCUCUGGCACUGGAUCAUGUCCAACAUCAGAGAAGGCAUUAAGUUCAGCGUCGUCAGGUGCGCUAUCUUGGUUCUAUCAAAAUAUGAGAAUCUGUAAGUCUGAUGAUGGUCCCUUGACAAAUUAUGAGUUGCCUCAAAGCACAAUCAAUGAAUCAUUGGAUUUAAGUGAAUUAAAUUCAAGUAAUCACCAGUGUAGUGAUGAAUUCACUAAAUUUGAUCAUCAGAUUAGUUCUGAGUUUAUGGAAGAAAUCCUGCUUCCAAGCACAGAGGUGAAGAUCAAUACUGAUGAAAUUGAUGGUGAAUAUCCAUAUGAUAAUGGUAUAAGUGGCCAUGCAGAUAUAGGUAAAGUCCCGAAUCUACCCAAUCAGAAGGAUUUGUUAUCGAGCAUUCAUGUGAAAGAUCUUGAUCAGUUUUCUCCGAGACAGUAUGUUUCACAUCAUCCUUCACCUGUUUGUUUUGAUAAACACUACAGAGAAUAUAUGAUAUCUUCACUGCCUUGUUUGAAGGUAUUGGAUAAUUCAAGUGUCACUGACACCGAAAGAGAAAACGCCAAUUUGAUAUUCAAGAAACAUUAUGAAUAUCUACCAUACAAUAGACAAUGCAAAGAAAGUGUUGUCAGUAUCUUGUCGAAUCGUGAACUUGGAAGCAAUGUUUCUCACAAGAAGGUAAAAUCUUCUCAUUGUCAACGAAAUUAUUCUAAAGGAAGUCGGCAUUCGAUUUCCAGAUCGAUUUCCACUGCCAAAAUGAGUUCCUCCCCAUGGCCUCUUCUGCAGCUGAUUCCCAAAUUUAGAAAUGGUGCAGGAGAAGAAGUCAUCGGUUCUAAUCCAAGACAAUUUGAGUACCAUCCUUGUAAUCCUAGUCUCAUGGCUUUAGGAACUCUGGAUGGUGAACUAGUCAUUAUCAACCAUGAAUCCCAGAAACUUGUCGGCUAUCUUCCUUCAGUCGGGGCAAUGCACAGCAUACUGGGCCUCUGUUGGCUUAAGAACAAUCCUUCAAAGCUCAUUGCUGGCUCGGACAAUGGCUCCUUAAGAUUACACGAUGUGUGUAAAAUGCCGUCACGAGUUACUGGUCAAUAUUGCAGCAAAGAUGCUGCCAUACACAAUUUCAAUGAAUUUGAGCAGUUGACAUCACUGAGUAUAAAUUCAACAGACGAAUAUUUUAUCGCAAGUGGAUUCUCAAAACACGUAGCUUUGUACAACAUAGGCAGCGGGAAGCGCGUGCAGAUCUUUAAAGAUUUACAUCAAGAACACAUCAAUGUUGUCAGGUUUGCAAACCAUUCCCCUACUGUAUUUUCUACAGUAUCAUUCGACCGAAAGAUCAAGAUGUGGGACUUGAGGCAAGGAACAUCACAACCUUGUUACACUGCCUCAAGCACAAGAGGAAAUGUCAUGGUUUGCUUUUCUCCUGAUGAUCAUUAUCUACUUUCAUCAGCUGUCGACAAUGAGGUUAAGCAACUUUUAGCUGUCGAUGGACGUCUUCAUACCGUAUUUGAUAUCACUUCAACUGGAAGCAAUCUAAACUUCACCCGGUCAUACUACAUGAAUGGAAGGGACUAUAUGAUCAGUGGGAGUUGCGAGGAAAACAUCAUUCGUGUUUGCUGUACUCAAACCGGUCGACGACUAAGAGAUAUUUCUUUCGAGGGCAAAAGCUCGAGGAAUUCCAUGUUUGUUCAGUCUUUAAGGGGUGAUCCUUUCAGGGUUUUUCAUAUGAGUGUCCUCGCAGCGUAUUCAGGACAUCGAAGCAAGACGGAGAUUAUAAAAGUUAACUUAGUUUCCUCUGAUGAGUGUCAGUGAACUAGACCAGCUCUGUGCUAUUCUCAGUUUCAAGUCUUUAAAGUUCACAGUAAAUAAUGGUAUUUCUUUGCCCACCUUUUUUAUCUAAGAAAAUUUUAUUUAACAUUGUAAAUAUGUGUGAUUAAUUUUUGGGUUUUCAUGCUGUAUAUUUCUUUUUAAAAAAUUCAUCUGUAUUUUAUUACCUUAUUGAAUAAAAUGAUAUU